CAGAUGGCAUUGUCCCAGGCUGUUCCCUUCUCAGCCACAGAGCUUCUCCUGGCGUCUGCCGUCUUCUGCCUGGUAUUCUGGGUGGUCGGGGCCUCGAGGCCUCAGGUCCCCAAAGGCCUGAAGAGCCCACCAGGGCCGUGGGGCUGGCCCCUGAUCGGGCACGUGCUGACCCUGGGGAAGAGCCCGCACGUGGUGCUGGCCAAGAUGAGCCAGCGGUACGGGGACGUGCUGCAGAUCCGCAUUGGCUCCACGCCCGUGCUGGUGCUGAGCGGCCUGGACACCAUCCGGCAGGCCCUGGUGCGGCAGGGUGACGACUUCAAGGGCCGGCCUGACUUCUACAGCUUCACCCUGGUCUCUGAUGGCCAGAGCCUGACCUUCAGCCCAGAUUCCGGACCGGUGUGGGCUGCCCACCGGCACCUGGCCCAGAAUGCCCUCAGCGCCUUCUCUAUCGCCUCCGACCCGGCUUCCUCGUCCUCCUGCUACCUGGAGGAGCAUGUGAGCAAGGAGGCUGAAGCCCUAAUCAGCAAGUUCCAGGAGCUGAUGGCAGGGGCUGGGCACUUUGACCCCUACAGCCAGGUGGUGGUGUCGGUGGCCAAUGUCAUUGGUGCCAUGUGCUUCGGGCAGCACUUCCCCCAGGGCAGUGAGGAGAUGCUGAGCAUCGUGAGGAACAGCCAUGAAUUCGUGGAGUCCGCCACCUCUGGGAACCCCGUGGACUUCUUCCCCAUCCUUCGCUACCUGCCCAAUCCCGCCCUGCAGAGGUUCAAAGACUUCAACCAGAGGACCCUGCGGUUUGUGCAGAAAACAGUCCGGGAGCACUAUCAGGACUUCGACAAGAACAGUGUCCAGGACAUCACCGGCGCCCUGUUCAAGCACAGAGAGAUGGGCUCCAGAGCCAGCAGUGACCUCAUUUCCCAGGAGAAGACAGUCAACCUUAUCAACGACCUCUUCGGAGCCGGGUUUGACACGGUCACAACAGCCAUCUCCUGGAGCCUUAUGUACCUUGUGACCAAGCCUGAGAUACAGAGAAAGAUCCAGAAGGAGCUGGACGCGGUGGUCGGCAGGGCGCGGCGGCCCCGGCUGUCUGACCGGCCCCGGCUGCCCUACAUGGAGGCCUUCAUCCUGGAGACCUUCCGACACGCCUCCUUCGUCCCUUUCACCAUCCCCCACUGCACAACAAAGGACACGACACUGAAUGGCUUCUACAUUCCCAAAGAAUGCUGUGUCUUCAUAAACCAGUGGCAGGUCAACCACGACCAGGGGGUAUGGGGGGACCCAUCUGCCUUCCGGCCUGAGCGAUUCCUCACUGCUGAAGGCACGGCCAUCCACAAGCCCGUGAGUGAGAAGGUGAUGCUCUUUGGCCUGGGCAAGCGCCGCUGCAUCGGGGAGGUCCUGGCCAGGUGGGAGGUCUUCCUGUUCCUGGCCAUCCUGCUGCAGCAGCUGGAGUUCAGCGUGCCACCAGGCCUGCACGUGGACCUGACCCCCAUCUAUGGGCUGACCAUGAAGCACCCCCGCUGCGAGCACGUCCAGGCACGGCUGCGCUUCUCCAUCCAGUGAAGAAGGCACCACCAUGUCGCCCAGGCUGAGC